AUUUGCAAUCGCAGUACGGUCACACUGCCCUCCCCAUUUAGCUGACAGUUCCAUCUCUAGUUUUCAAGCCAAAAAUGGCGAAGUUUUCAUUCUGAAUUCGUACAAAUAGGAGUCGGAAGUAGUGGAAAGUGCUCGAUUUGAACGGAACGGAGCUAAUCCGCCGGAUUUAGUGAUUUAGUGCAAACGAGCGGUACAUUCGCGUCAUCCGCUAAACGGUAUGUGGGGCCCAUGGCCAACCGCCGCCAUAGCGGCCACCACUACCGUACCCCCACCGCAACCGGCGGCUCCGCCGCCGCUGCCGGACACCCCGCCCCCUCCGCCUCCAUCGGACGCGUCCGCCGGAGCACCCCACUCCACUCAGCCGGCAGCAGGCGGAGCGGCCACCGCAUCCGCUGCAUUCAACCCAUAUACCAGCGGCCAGGCGACUGGGGCCGGCAACCCCUAUGAACAGUAUACGGCCGCCCAGUAUGCGGCCAUGACCCCCGAGCAGCAGUACGCCCUGCAGCACCACUGGCACCAGUGGCAGACUUACCAGGCUGAGUACGCCAAGUGGCAUGCCCAGUACGGCGAGCAGUACAAGCGUGAAAUGGCCGCUGCCGCGGCCGUGUCCGUAAAUCCCACAGUUCAAGGCGUACCCGCUCCUAUGGUAGCUGGUCCUACACCAGCUCCCGUUCCAGUGGUCGCUGUACCCGGGCCACAGGCCUAUCCUGUCGCGCAAAACUAUUACCAAGGCGUCUCCGCCUCACCGGCGCCGCCAGCGACACCCCUUGUCGUCGCGGGAGGGCCGCCAGUGCCCGGAAAGAUCACGGCCCAGCCGCAGAUGUACAAUCAGCCGCCGCCGCCACCACCCCAAAAAGGUGGUUACAAUCAGCAUCUGAAUUCCAAUCAGAAUGACAACCAAAGCAUGUGGUCAGGACCACCGUCCAUGCAACAGCCGCCGCCAAACAGAUAUAGUGGCGGUCAAAUGAACCAGAUGAGCUACAACAGUGUCGGACCAGACAACCUGGGAUUUCCCAAUCUCCAGCAGCCACCGCCUUCUGUGCAGAGACCAACACCUCAGCCGCAGUCGAACAACAUGGACCAUGGCCAGUGGGGAAAUAACAAUCAGCACGGCGCAGGCAACAAUAAUCGUCUUGCCUGGGAUACCAGUGGUCCGCCGCCUGAUAAUGCCGGGCAACCAAGUCGGUGGAGUGGGCCGCCGCCGCCGCCAAAUGAUGUCAACAAUCGCUGGAAUGGACCGCCAUUUAACAAUAACACCAAUGAUAGCAAUCGCCGCUGGGAUGGAUCUUCUAAUCCAGCGCCGUCUGGCGGGGAUCAGCCACAGAGUCGUUGGAUAAGCGAACCACCGCCUAGCAUUCAGAAUCCCAAUCAGCAAAAUCAAAAUCAGAAUCGCUGGUUGAGCGGACCAUCACCGAGUAUUAGUGAUCCGCCGCCGGAUCAUCAACAUCACCAGCAAAGCAAUAGCAACCAGCCACAGAUUCCACGCCAGAAUCGCUGGCAAGGCAUCAAUUCCGACAUCGACACACCGCCCAUGAGGGCCAACAACAAGCCAAAUAGUUUCCACAGUAGCUGGGGAGAUGGAGGUGGAGAUGGCAACCAAAACAAAAACCAAAACAAGAAUCCAUUCAUAAAGAACUCACAGUCUGAUUUUCGCCCAGAUCAGAACUCUGGCAAUAACAAUUUUGGACAGCGAACAGGAAAUUAUGGCAACAGUUACAAUAACCAAGAUCAAAGUAGUGCUGGAGGAAGCUUUAAUAUUAAUCGCCGCCAGAGCAAUCGCUGGGAUAACAAUCGCAACCAGGGAUUUUCGGAUGAAAGAGGCAGUGGCGAUUCUGGUCCAGGCGGCUAUAACCAAAAUCGUGGCAAUUUCAACCAGCGCAGCAGCUUCAAUCAGUCGAAUCAGCAGAACCGCAACCAACAACAACCCAGUGAUCUGGACGAGGCCAGUUUCGAUCGCCUGUUCGACCAGUGGGAGCAGCAGUUCGAAGACUGGAAGCGGGCCAAUGCCAAUCAUCCGGAUCGCGACGAGUAUCGCCGCUACGAGGAGGAGUUCGAGAAGCAACGCCGUCGCAUCGCGGACAGAAGGGAGCAAAUGCGCCGACGUCGCCAUCAGCAGAUGGGUGGCUCUGCCGGAUCGGGGCUAGGAGGCUCGACCGCAGACAUGCCGAAGGUAGCAGCCGCAGGUGCAUCCAAAUCCGAGGAGCAGCAGCCAAAUAAUGAUCCAUUCGGAGGCCAAGGCAAUUUCGCUGACCAGGGUCCACGACCUGGACCUGGCUUUGGUGACCAGGGUCCCGGCUCGGGACCCAAUUUCGGACAAGGCAACAGACAAUCCUUAAAUCCUGGUCAUUUUGGAAAAGAGAAUCGCGCCUUCGAAAGCGCCGGAGUUCCAGCAUUCAGAGGCAACCGAGGACCGCCACCGGGGAUGCACAACCAGUACCAAGACGCCGAGCAAGCCAUCCAGCAGACAUUGGACACGCAGCCAGAGGAAUCCCAUGAAAGUCCAACUAACUCGCCGACAUCAAAUGAGAAUUCAUCUGAUGGAAAGACAGCAAUAACGCCAGCUCCACCAGUAGCUCCACCGAUUGCAUCACUGCCUCCGCCCAAAGUCACAGCUCCAGCUGCACCAGUAGUGCCAGAUCCGCCCGUGGUUGCGCCCACACAGCCUCCUCCGAUGUCCUCCAAUCUUGGCAAGCGCCGGCAACCCGCUCCCACUGCCAUGCCCGCCAAGCAAGUCAAGGAGGAGGAGCCCAUACUUACCAUUUCCCUGGACGACGAUGAGGAGGACGAGGAGGAGGAGGAGGAAGAGGCCGCGCCAGACACGCCCAUGGGCAGCUUUUUUAAGAAAAACGAUGGCAUCCCCGGUCUGGAUUUGGUGGCCGAUGGCAAUGUCAAGAAUAAUACGUCCUCGGUCUUCGAUGUGGGGCUCAAGGACUCAGAUGAAACUGAAGCGGCUGAUGCCUCUGCAAAACAUUCAGACAAGUCGUCCACAGCCAAAAAGAGCAACGAAUCUCUAAGCACCGCCCUCAAGGAUCCCAAUUUCAUCAAUAAUCUCUCCCAGGCGGUGGCCAAUGUGCAGGAACGCCAGCAGCGCGAUCGUCAGGAGCAACAAGAGGAUCAGGAACCCAGAACGGAUGGACGUCCUUUGUCCUUCGCCGAGUGGCAGCGCAAGAAGAACAGCGGCAACGAAAACAAGUCGCAGGAUUCCCGCGACUCGAUGAGUACCAGUGGCGGCGAGAGACCGGACAAUAGCGGCCCACCUGGUGGCUUUGGUCCCGGACACGGUCCAGGCGGAGGACCCGGCCAUAGAGCAGGCUCUCGUCCAAAUUCUGGACCUGGCUACGGUCCCGGUCCAGGUCAAAACGAUGGAUCGCGCUUUGAAAGCUUUGGUCCGAAUCAAGUGCCUGGAAAUAACUUCAUAGACUUCGAUGGCAAUGGACCACCGGGCUUUGGUCCACCGGGCAGAAACUUUGGACCCAACGGUCCAGGGCCACAUGGACCCAACUUCGGGCCCAACUUUGGCCACGGCCCAGGCGGUCCUGGGGGCCCAUUCUUUGGACCAAAUGGGCCGGGACCAGGUCCGAAUUUCGGACCAAACUUCAGAACCAAUGGCCCCAACUUUGGACCAAACUUUGGCCCCAAUUUCGGACCGGGUCCGGGUUCCCGCAACUACGGACCCCGCGGACCCGAUGGUCCAUUCGGUCCGCGCCGUGAUGACUUCGGUGGCCCGCCGUUUGGCGGUCCUGGACCCCACUUCGGACCCAAUGGACCCGGGUCCAACAUGCGCGGUUUCAACGGCGGACCAAACAGUGAUAAUCCCUUCCGCCGGCAAGGCGCACCACCGGGUCCAGGUUUUGGCGACGAUGAUCUGGGCGCAGGACCACCAAGAGGACCCGGAAACUUUGGCAACCGCAACAGCUUUGGAAAUCAUGGCGGAGGAGGUGGACACAACAAUCGGAAGAACUGGAAUGACGGGCCGGAGCAACAGCGGAAACAAUUCAAUGGCAACCGCAACCAGAAUGAACCCAUCUAUCGACCGAUGAAGGUAUUCGACUAUUCCAAUAACCCAAAAGCCGCCAAGGUGAUCGAUUAUGGCCACAAGUCGGGUGAUGGCAAUCCCGUCGAUGGGCCAGCCGGUCAGAGACCCGCUGACAGAAUUCCAGAAUUUAGACCAGUGAAGACCUUCGAGUAUGGCCACUCCUCGUUCACGGGAUCGAAUCGCAUGGGAAUGCCAGGAGGAAUGGAAAUGGGCGGAAUGGGAGGAGAUCCCAACCAAGCGAUGACAGGUGGCCCUAAUCGAGGCAUGGCAGCGGGACCAGGUGGAUUGGGAGGACCCGGAGGUCCAGGGAACAAGCGUAAGAAUAAGAAAAAAAACAAACAACAAAAGAAGGAGGAGCGAUUGCAGUUCAGUCAAAACCAACAGUUCCAAUCGAAUUCGGUUGAAGAACGUAGUUCUGAACAGGGUUAUGAGGGGACACAGAAGGAUCAGGACGAUGGGUUCCAGAAAAGUAAGGAACGCAAUGAUCUCGAAGACAUUUCCGAUACUGAAGAUACCCUAGAAACUGUUGAUUGCGAUGAUGACGACGAAGAGCUGCCACCGCCGCCAUCGAUGAACAAAUGGAAUCAGGGAAAUGACCAGGAGCAGUGUAAUCAAAACCAGUACAAUCUCUUCCCAGCCAAUCCGCAGCGUCAGCAGCUAGGUGACGAUUCGGAUAAGUUGGCUCCUCCUCCGCCGCCAACCAUGUCACUUUUCCCCUCGGCAGCCAAUGCCAAUGAGAAUAUUGCUGACCCAGUGACUGAUCUCAAUCUGGAGAUGUGCGUGCCGACCAAUGAGAAUUGCAAUACGAUCUCCGUGGACGAAGUGCUCUUGAAUCCCGGUCGCAUGACCCGUCCCAAGCGCAUUUGUAUCAUUUUGCGUGGCCCUCCUGGCUGCGGCAAAUCGCAUGUAGCCCGACUCAUCAAGGAAAAGGAGCUGGAGAUGGGCGGUGCCAAUCCGCGCAUUCUCAGCAUCGAUGAUUAUUUCAUCAUUGAAAAUGAUUACGACGAGAAGUGCCCCAAAACGGGCAAGAAGAUACCCAAAAAGGAGAUAUUGUACGAAUAUGAUGACAGUAUGGAGGAGACCUACAUGCAGUACCUAAUCAAGUCGUUUAAAAAGACACUUUGCGACAAUCUGUACGAUUUUAUAAUAGUGGAUUGCAACAACAAUUCGCUGCGCACACUGAAUGAAUUUUAUUGCCACGCCAAAGACUCGAAUUUUGUGCCCUACAUAGUGGACCUGCACUGCGAUCUGGAGACGUGCCUUGGUAGAAACUCUCACCAGCGCACCGAGAACGAGAUCCGCGUGGUGCUGGACAACUGGUGCAACACACCGCUGCAGUACAUCAAACUGGACGUGAGCUCUCUCCUCGAAAACGUUGUCGAAAUGGAAGAUGUUGAGGACAUGGCUACGGACGAUAAUGCAUGCGCCGGCGAAGGGGCGACUGUGGGAGCUUCAGCGGCACACGAGGAUGCGGCUGUCGAAGAGACAGACGACAGCAAUAGCGCCGACGCCUCCAACGAUUGCGGCUUCCUGAAAAGCAAAUGGGAACGCGAUACCACCGAGGAUAAUCUAGCCCGCUUGGAUGGCACCAAGCGCCUGAUGCAGAACCGCAGGACUGCCAGCAUGGCCGACUAUCUCCAGCUGGAGGAUUGGGAACCACCCACAACCUCGGCCAAUGGCAAGAAGCGGGUGCGUUGGGCGGACAUCGAGGAAAAGCGCUCGCAGGAGAAGAUGCGAGCCAUUGGUUUUGUGGUGGGUCAGACCGACUGGAACCGCAUGAUGGAUCCCAAUGCGGGCAGUCGGGCCCUGAAUAAAACCAAGUAUAUUGAGCGCAUUAAGCGUCGCUAGACGUCAAUUACAAACACGCCACAAAUUCCAAAUUUCAAGUGACAAAAAGCUAACAAAAUGAAAACAAAAACUCGCAGCAUUUCCAUUUCCACACACCCAACACAGCAUUUCCACAUAUGUACAUCGGGCCCCACGAGGCGGCAACAAAAGGCUGAAAGGGAUCCCGAAUUACAUGUAAUCAUCUGUCAUCCAAAUGCAAUCAGUAUAAUUUUGAAAUAAUCAGUCAUUUUUACGGCUGCAUUUAGAAAAACGAAUUCAAUUUCGUUGACCGACACGAACAGCCGCGUUUGAAAGCAUUGAAGCAAGUUAUGAAUACGGAUGUAUUUUAAUUGUAAAUUAAAUCAAUUCGCUUUGAAACCGGAUAAGACAUCCCAUAAUUAUUUUUUUUUGUUA